AUGCUGGGACUUAAUAUUUGUCGUGGCCAACAUUCCGUCAAUGGAAUUGGCAAUUCUGUCGCUCAGCCACUUGGUUCGUUGUCGUGUGAACUGAAACCGUCUGGUAAAUCGUUACUGUCGUCAAAUAUAAAAUUUGAAGCUCUCGUUUUGUCGGCAAUUUGUGCUGAUCAGCCUGCCCAACCUAUUGAUUCGUCCGCAUGGUCGCACAUACGGAACUUACCUCUCGCUGAUCCCGACUUUGCUCAUCCAGGGCCGGUAGACAUACUGCUCGGUGCAGAUAUUUUCGCUUCUUCGUUACUACCGGGCCUUAGGAAGGGGAAUGCUGGUCAGCCCAAAGCUCUUAACACCAUCUUUGGAUGGAUUAUUUUGGGGGAAUGUGACGUCAAUCGACUCGCACCCAAACCUGUCGGUCGUAGCAAUAAUAAUUGCCUUCUCGUCUCGAAUAUUUCACAAACGUCGUUGGAUAACUCCAUUAAAAGAUUCUGGGAAAUAGAAAAUGUAAAUUUUCCGCAGAAGUCUUACUUGUCGAAGGAGGACCAACUUUGUGAAAGUUAUUUUGUCGAUAAUCAUUUUCGUAACCAUGUAGGUAGAUUUGUGGUGCCCUUACCUUUCGUCGAUCCCACAAAUAAACCUGUCUUUGUGAAUUCCCGUGAAAUUGCGCUUAAGCGCCUUUUCUCAUUAGAACGCAAAUUGAACACUAGUCCUGCAUUAAGAGCUGAAUAUGUCGCUUUCAUUGAAGAUUAUAAAGAACGCGGUCAUCUCGAAGAGGUUGAUCCUCCUCCCACGAGUGAGGGUCGGUUUUAUUACAUACCCCAUCACGGUAUUUUACGCCCUGAAUCUGUCAGCACGCCUCUCCGCGUUAUUUUCGAUGCCAGCGCGAGAGAUGGCAAAGCGGUCUCACUCAAUGAAACCUUACUCGCCGGGCCGAAACUUCAGACUAAUAUUUUCGAUCUGCUUAUGCGCUUUCGUUGGCAUGCUGUUGUUUUCACCGGAGAUGUGAAACAGAUGUAUAGGCAAAUAUUAGUUCCAGAAGAAGACGUGGAAUACCAGCGCAUUUUGUGGCGUCCUAGUGCGGAUGGACCAGUGCGUGACUAUCGAUUGUUAACCGUGACGUAUGGAGUAUCGUCGGCGCCGUUUCAGGCUCUUCGAACCAUGGCUCAACUUGCCACAGAUUCUGCUGAGGAGUACCCAGCUGGUUCCGAAAUCCUGUCGCGUGACAUCUGUGUAGAUGAAGUAGUCACUGGUGCGAACUCGGUCGAGGAGGCUUGCUCUCUUCAGAUGGAACUGACCAAAAUAUUGUCGUCGGCUUUGACCCCAGGACAUUUCCUCACAUUAGAGCCCAUGACUAUAAUGCCCGAGGAGAAUCUUGUCGGUCAAAACAUUGGUGCUCUUCAGCGCUGGAAGCUUAUCCAACAGAUGCACCAGGACUUUUGGGUUAGAUGGCGCAAUGAAUACAUGCACACCUUACGGCAACGUGCUAAGUGGGAUAAAACCAAUGCUAAUAUAACUGUGGGAACAAUGGUUUUAGUUGUUAAUGAGCUACUAAGCCCACAAAAGUGGCCAUUGGGUCGUAUCGUUGCCUUACAUCCUGGCUUAGAUGGAAUUUGUCGAGUGGUGACCGUGAGGACUGCUGCUGGUCAUUACAAAAGACCAGUCGUUAAGAUUUGUCCUUUGCCUUUGGCAAAUAACUUAUCAAAUUAA